CAGAGUUAGUCGGCGCGAGCGCAAUUUUAAAGUCAGGUGCUUCACUUGUAUUCAAUUGAGAAAAUUCAUUUCUGUUUUAUUCGUAAACCUAUGAACAGUUCUAUAAUUUUUUAUAUUUAGUUAAUGUGAUAUUCUUUGAAUAGUUUAUUUAUUAUACGAUUCGUAAGGUUGAAAGGGUUAUGUGCAUACAGUGAACUAAACAUUCAGCAUUCCUUUUAAAUAAUUAUUAUUUAUUUCGAGAAGUGUUCAGUGUUUAUACCCAUCAUUUGUUUGUAUAAGUAUAAUUAUUACAUUCGCAAUAAAUAACAUUUUCUUUAUCGAAAUUAUUUUAAAGUCAGCGAUGAAAGUUUUACUAUUAAAGGUGUUGAAAAUUAAAUUUUCCGCAUUAAAAAUGUAAUGCAAUUAUUUUGGGUGAAUGAGAUGUCCUCAUUAGCACUAUGAGCUAGAACCGGGCGGGGUAACGCAGCCAUGACUCCGUAGAAUAUGCCCCGCCGCAAGCGCCGGCUCGCGUCGCGCAUCCGCAACUACGUGAGGAGUCUCCUCGCCUUCCUGUUCUCCAACGUUGGCGUUGUGGUGUUGGUCGUCGCUUACACUAUCGCUGGCGCUUUCAUGUUCCAAGCGAUAGAAGGAGCGAGCGAGAUUGAGAGAGUAAACAACAUGGCGCGGGAAAGGGAUAGCACAGCCCAAUAUUUGUGGCAAAAUGUUACGCUUACCUUCAAUUUGUUCAACGAGACUGCUCUGAAAGAAAGUAUAAACAUCGAGCUGAAAAGUUACCAAGGGAAAAUAGUAAAGGCAGUGCGUCGAGGCUGGGAUGGUGGAAGAUCGUCGAGACAGUGGAGUUUCUCUUCAGCUUUCUUGUACUCUCUUACUGUGAUCACUACUAUAGGCUACGGUCACCUGAGUCCUCGAACUAGUUGGGGAAAGAUCAUGACCGUCUUCUACGCUCUUCUGGGAAUGCCUCUCUUUUUGCUGUACCUCAGUAACGUUGGUGAACUAUUGGCCAGUUGGUUUAAAUGCAUAUAUGCGUUGGUGUGCCUGUGCCGGGGAUGCCCUGGCUUUUCGAGGAGACGCGUGGUCCAUAUUCGGACUAUACAGUAUGAAACGAGCGAAGCGGAGAGUAUAGAGAGACCGAGAGAGUGGAGAGAGUGCAUAGACUCUGACGUCACUCCUGACUACAGGAUACCACCGUACGCUCCCGACCCGAGGAGAGCUUACUUGCGGAGUGUAUCCAUGCCGCAGCCGUAUUCCCCUCGCUGUCGUCCCGAAGUCCGCGGCUGGUCCGAACCGGUACAUCAUGACAGCCCCGCUCUAAGCGACUUCAGCUAUGUCACGUUUGACGCGCAGUCUAUUACUGUGCCGAUCUCCGUGUGCGUUGCUUUUAUGGUUGGAUACAUAAUGUUCGGGUCGAUGAUCUUCGGUCUUUGGGAGAAGUGGGACCAAUUAGACGGCGCUUACUUUUGCUUUAUAUCUUUGAGCAGUAUUGGGUUCGGUGAUUUCGUGCCCGGUGAGCGAGUGUACACACCUCGCAUAGAGACCUCCUUCAUAGUGUGCUCGCUGUACUUGAUGCUGGGGAUGGCGCUGGUAGCCAUGUGCUUCAACCUCAUGCAGGAGCAAGUUAUACACUACUACGCUGGACUGAAGAGAGCAUUGAGACGCAUAUGUAGAUGUAAAAGAUGACGUCAAAAUGUAUUGCAUACCUAGCUAUACUUAGUUUAUUAGAAAAGUAUUAAUUAAAAAAUGUCUUCACGCCUUUUUUAACGGCUAAGCAGACAUUGUGAAAUUUUAGGCGUUAUUUUAAGACCAGCAAAGUUGACUCACCUAGAUUUGGGAAGUCUCAAGGUGAUCCUUCUUGCCUAGGAUAAGUCAAGCGUGGAAACUUUUCUUCCCAGUUAUUUUUGCACUUUUGGGCGUACGUCCAACGUCCAACGUCCAACGACCAACGUCCAACGUCCAACGUCGUUGUUUCCAGGUUGGGUGGAAGGGAGUAUCGCUGCAAUAAUCUCGCUUUGGCAUCAAAUUACAACUCUAAUCGCUUAACUCCACAGUUAAGUAAAUAUUACUUAGAGUGCUGGCGGUAUUAUCGUUGUGAUAUCUGUGAAGAUGUGAUUUUCUUAAAAAAUAAGUUUAGGUACAUCAAAAUCUUGAAAAUUAAAAUUGCCUAAAUCAAUGUAUUUGUAAUAUAAUGUAUAUUAUCUUCUAUGUUUAUUACCAGCAGUGGCGUAGCUAGGUAACCAAGUGCAAAUAAAAAAAUGGGGCCUCCACUACUAAGUCGGUUUUUUUUAGUAAUGCUAAGAUAUCUUUUAAUCAGCUCUUUUUCGUGUACUGCAGGUAAUAAAAAUAUUAAACAGUAACGACGUAAAUUACAAUUAAUACUUAAUGUAGGUAUUGGACAAAAAAAUGAAAUAGAAAAGAUUAAAGGGUUUAUUUACGUUGCCAUGAUUAAAGUCGGGUUGCAACCUGUCAUAUUUAUUUUAAAAAUUAUCUGACGCAGCACGGUUUCACCCACGUGGUUCUUGUUCCCGUAAAAAUAUGGGGAUAAUACACAGCCUUCCUCGAUAAAUGGGCUAUCUAACACUGAAAGAUUUUUUUUAAAUCGGACCUGUAGUUUCUAAGAUUAGUACGUUCAAUCAAACAAACAAACAAACUCUUCAACAUAUUAGUAUAGGUGAGAGAAAUUUUCGAAAGUUCAGUUUGAUCAAGAAUUUCUGGUAAGGAUUUGAGGACCCCCUGAGUUUGAGGGUCCCAAGCUACGCCACUGAUUACCAUAUAUCUAUGUAUUAGUCUUAGUUUAUGUAAAAUAAAUGUAAGUACUUCGGAUGGUAUAAUUUAUUUUUAUUGUGCUCUACCCAUUGCUAGAAGGAUGGUAUAAAGCUGUGAUCGAUUCAUAUGUUAACAGUACGUCGUAUUUCAAAGAAUUGAAUAUCGGGAUUUUAAACGUUUGUAGGAUAAGCCGAGGAUUCG